AUGGCAUCGCAGGAAAAGUGUGUUUAUGUUGGCAAUCUCGAUUGGACGACUACCGAAGAUGAGCUCGGUGAUCAUAUGAAGAAGGUUGGACCUGUCGUGUCGGUCGAUAUUAUGACCAGAAACGAUGGUAAAUCCAAAGGCUGCGGGAUAGUCGAGUUUAAGGAGGCGAGUUCAGUGGCGAAGGCUAUUGAUACGCUCAAUGAGACGCAAUUGGGCGAGAGAAAGAUCUUUGUCAGAGAGGACCGUGGCCCUGCGAAGCCUUGGUCCGAGAGUGGUAGUCUUGGGCAGGUCUCUUCUCUACUGUGCUCUCCUCGUGGUGGCAAGGGUAGGGGUAAGGGUAAAGGGAAAGGGAAGGGUAAAGGGAAGGGAUAUUGGGAUUGGGGAUUUGAUUGGGGAUACCCUGGUAAGGGUAAGGGUUUUAAGGGUUACAAAGGCAAGGGCGGCCUCAGACCACUUCGUGUUGGCCCUCGUGAUAAAGGGAGGCUCAUCUACGUUGGCAACGUACAACAGAUUACCAUCGUAUGA